UGCCGGUUUCAUUCUUUCUACGGUCUGUAACGUAAGUGCUAAGCAGUUACACGAGUACUUGUACUUCGAUCAAGAAAUUCAAGUGAAAUUGAUUGUAUCCAGUAGCCAACUAUGGCCCAAAACAUCCAAAAUUUGUUACGAAUUACGUCGAACGUUCUCACGAAGAGUAUCACUCGAACAUCGUACAAAAAUGGAAUACGGAUGCUCUACUCGGAAUCAGCAUUAGGACUUGAUGGCUAUAAGAAAUCACGAAAGAAUGUUCAGAUGCAAUUUGCUGAUAUGAGCGAUAAAUUUCGUGAAAAAAUGAAAGUGUAUGCCAAUGAUACUUCAAGCAGUAUGAUUUUCACCGAAGAUCUGAAAAACAUGUUGUUCCUAGUCAACAAUAGCACAGAAGACAUGCAACUGCUUUUAAAGAUGAUGAUAAAAUUCCAUAGCCAAAACUCGCAGAUGAGAUUUGGCUCAUUCAUAUUUGGGCCUGUAGUUAUGCGGACGUAUCAUUUUCUGGACCAGGUAGAUGAAGCUCUUGCUGCAUUUCGUAAUCCUCAGCUGGAUGGAUUCUUCGAUCAACAAACUAGCUACCAACUAUUGAUGGAUAUGUUGCACAAUCAUGGAAGAUUUGCAGAAUUGAGAAACGUUUACGAAGACCUCAAAACAAAACCUACAAUAGAUCCAAAACGACCAACAAUUCUAGUCUUAGCUGGAUGUUUCAAAGAGAACACUCCUGACAGCAUGAAAUAUGCCCUAGAUGUAUGGCAAACUUUGAAGAUCAAGGGUACUCAGCCUAUGCGACGAAGCGUUACAUUCUUUGCAGGACUUGCCUUAAAUCAAGGACGUCCGGAAAUUACUGUCGAAGUUAUCAGCAGCAUACGUGAUUUCAACUAUGUUACAAUCAGAAAUCUCAAAGUAGCAGCACUGGCUGAAUUGGACAGGUUGGACGAUAUACUUCCAUUAUUUAGAAUAUCGUUGUCAAACGAUAAUGGCGCAACCUCAAAGCAGACCUACACGGAAGAUGUGAUCGCUAGAGUCGAGGCAGCCAUUAAACGGUCAGGUCUGGGUGCGGACUCAGCUAUUGUUCAUAUGGUCAGACGACUCAAAGAAAAUGAUCAUAUUACCCAUACCGCACUUGACAGCAUUAUUGGAUCAGAAAUUGCCCAUUAUGUCGUUGAUCCAGAACAACGUCGAUCUGGAAAUUACAACAAUCCAAGAUUCCCCAAUCAAAGAUAUCCCAAUCAAAGAUACAACAAUUACGAUAAUAAUGGAUCCGACCAAGAACGUUCAUUUCGUUCAGCAUACAAUCCAAGGCAACGGUUAGGUCUAAAAGAUCUCGUUUAAUAGUAUAACCUAAUAUAGAAUACAGUAACCAAAUUCAUGUAAUUAGUGGCCAUCGGAAAACAAAAUCAGAUUCAUUGUAAUCCUAUAAAUCACGGUUUGUUAAAUGGUUGUAAAA